AUUUGUAAACGACAGAUGUGGCAAAGAAACGACAUUGCUGGCUGAUCAGAAAACCAAAUCAAUUUUACUCUAACCAAAAUUAGGGUUUGUUUUAGAAAGAGAAAAUGCGUAGAUACAAAGACGAAGCAGCAGCGGUUCGAGUGUACACAGUGUGCGACGAGUCCAGAUAUUUGAUAGUAAGAAACGUUCCAGCUGUAGGCUGCGGCGACGAUCUGUUGAAACUUUUCGCCUCCUAUGGUGACAUUCAAGACUUUAAACCAAUGGAUGCUGAAGAUUGUGAACAAUUUACUGAUGUAUACUGGAUUCAAUUUUGUCUGGUCAGCAAUGCCAGGUAUGCAAAAAGAAAAUUGGAUGAGUAUGCUUUUAUGGGGAAUAAAUUACAGGUCUCCUAUGCGCCUCAAUUUGAGAGUGUUUCUGAUACUAAGGACAAGUUAGAAGGCAGAAUUAAGGAGGUGUUUUCGAGAUUAAACCCUGGAAGAUCUAAAGGGCGGCCUACAGUUCACAACUCAGGUGAUUCAAGUGAAGCUUCAUUGCUUUCAGCUGUGGAGCGUGCAGGAUCACAACAUAAUCAGUCGACUUUAAUUGAACCUCCUAUCACACGGGUUUCAUCUAAUCAGGAAUAUUUUCCUUCCCAGUCUAUGAAUCAGACUGUUAAUUUGGUCAGGGAAAAGCUCAAUAAGAUUCAAUCAAGCACCGAAAAUCUACAAGCUGGCCCUGUACCGAAGAAAACACGAGUUGACAAUAGAAGAAGAAUAUAGUGCAAACUCCUGCGAUGGACAUAAUUCAUCUCGCUACGCACUUAAAGGAAACUGCAGGAGGCACAUACUUCUCAAUAGCUUUCAAACAAAUACUUCCCAAAUCUUGAUGACCUUAUUAUCAAGUCUUUCAUCUUCAUACCAUUGUCACAUGAGAGUUCAUCAAAUGGCUGGCAUUCUGCUCCCGUGUAAUGCUUUCCUCUUAUUGGUAACUACGUUACCUGAAGUCCUCAAUUUUCCCUCCCGCACUUGUUGACACAACACGGGUACUUACUAAUGAUCCGAUAGAUCCUUCAAGUGGCAGUCGAACAGUUUAGAAGAAGAAGAAGAAGAAACUUCAAGUGGCAGUGGGACAUUUUAGAAGAAGAAGAAGAAGAAGAAGAAGAAGAAGAAGAAAAAGGUAGGGACAUUAAGUAAAAGAAUUGCCUGGCUUGAGAGAAUGGACACUUCAGAAGAAAAAAAAGAGCAAAAAAGGACAUAAAGAAAGAAUUAAUUGUUUGGCUCGAGAGCAGUUUUGUAAUCUGUUCUCAAUUUGAUUAUUUGCAUGUCAUGUAUUAAAAGAGUGCUAAUUGUCAUGAACACAUGAUAUGAAGAGUUGUAAUUCAAUCUCAAUUUGACUA